UAGAAAGAAUAAAAAAAAAAAAGAAGGAAGAAAGAAGUGAAUAUAAUGGGAAGUUUCUUCCUUUCGUUUUCAAUCUUUCUCUUCCUUUUGUGCCAUCUCUCACAAAGCAAAACAAUUAAAUUCAGAAGAGAAACAAAGCAAUUACAACUUCAUAGCUGUUUUGCUAAACCAAAAAAGUAAGCAGAAAGAGAGAAGAAACAGAGGAUUCCAUUUUGCCUUUUUUUUUUUUGUUUUAAUUCCUGAUCUCUUUGUAUUUAACCCAUUUUCAAAAUUCCUUAAGUUUCAAUUUCCCAAGCUUCAAAGACCUUGGGGUUUGUUGGUUUUCCCUGGUAUUGUUGGGUUUUUGAUGCCUUGCAUGAAAGUUUUCAUUUUUAUGUGAUUGAGAAUUUUCAGCUAUUGGGUUGAUCUUCAUUUGGUUGUUCUCUCUUUCAUUUAAUUCUACCUCUAAGAUUGGAAUUUGAAAAUAAAUAAAUUUAUAUUUAGAGAGAGAUGGCGCUUGAAAGAUUGGAAUUUGGAGUUAGAGUUAGGAAAUUUAUGGUGAUAUCAGUUAAAACAUGUUAUAGAUCGGUUUGGAAUCAUCCAAUUUUGGUUGGUUUGGUUUGUUUUUUGAUAUUUUUGUAUAGAUCAUUUCCUUUGUUGUUUUCUGUUUUGGUUACUGCAUCCCCUGUUCUGGUUUGUACUGCUGUUUUGCUUGGUGCCCUUUUGAGUUUUGGGUCACCAAACAUACCUGAAAUCGACGAAAAGGAAGAAGAGAAAGUUAGUCAUGAAGUUUCACCAUUGAAAACUGGGGCUACUGAGGAUGAUACUGUUAUCAAGAGAGAUGUUGGUGAUGAUGGUUUUGUUGUAGAAAGACAUGUAGGGAAGAGGUGGGAUAUAGUCGAGAAUGCUGAUGAGAAAGUUAGUUUGGUUGAUAAUGAGGUCAGUGAAAUUGAGGAAGAUGAUGGUUCAGUUUGUUAUACGCCGUUGGUUAAUGAGGAUUUGGAUUCUAGGGAUAUUCGUUGUGAGAAUGGUGUGAUUGAUGGGGUGGAUGGAAUGUUGAAUGAUUCAUUAGUGGAGAAGAAGAGGGAAAUUCAGUUGGAGAUGCAGGGGAGUGAAGGUCUGUUGAGUAUGGGGGAGGCUGUGAAGGAUCAACAUCUUUUGGCAAAUGAGGUACGUGACAGGAAUCUUGAAGUGGAGGAUGGUAAAUUUCCAGCAGUUUUCGGGGAUGAUGAUGGUGAUGGAGAUGAUGAUGAAUCUUUGGACUCUGGUUCUGGUGGCGCCAAGAGUUCCUCUCCUGAUGCUUCAAUGGCAGAUAUAAUUCUGAUGCUUGAUGAGUUGCAUCCACUUUUGGGUUCAGAAGCUCCACAGCCUGCUCAGAUGUCUCAUGAUGGUUCUGAUGCUGGCUCAGAGAGGUCUCAUGAUAGCAGUAAUGAUGAAAGUGUUGAGUCAGAUGAGUCAGAAAACCAGGGGGAGGAAGAUAAUGAUAAUGAGGAGGAUGAGGGUGAGGGAGAAGGAACAAAGGGAGAUAAAGAGGAUGAAAGUAAAUCUGCAAUUAAAUGGACGGAGGAUGAUCAGAAAAAUCUCAUGGAUUUGGGGACUUUGGAGCUUGAAAGAAACCAACGAUUGGAGAAUCUUAUUGCAAGGAGAAGAGCCCGUAAAAGCAUGAGUUUUAUGGCUGAGAAGAAUCUAAUAGACUUAGACAGUGCUGAUAUUCCCUUAAACAUCACACCAAUUUCUACAACAAGACGUAACCCAUUUGAACUUCCCUAUGUUUCCUAUGAUGACCUAGGGUUACCUCCCAUUCCUGGGUCAGCUCCACCCAAUUUGCAGCCAAAAAGAAACCCUUUUGAUCUUCCUUAUGAUUCAGGUGAGGAAAAACCUGAUCUUAAAGGAGACAGUUUCCAAGAAGAGUUUUCAGGUUUUAAUCAAAGGGAAACAGUUUCCCAAAGAGAAGCCUUCUUUCGAAGACAUGAAAGCUUCAAUGUGGGACCAUCAUCUCUGGGUGUUCCUCGGCAAGAGCUUAAGUGGAAACCUUAUUUUGUUCCAGAGCGGUUUGUAACCGAAGGAGCUAGCCCUUCCUCAUUCCAGAGGCAGUCAAGUGAAGUUAGUGAGUCGAAGUUGAGUUCUGUUCCUGAUACUGAAUCAGCGAGUUCAGUUGUGGAUGAGGAGGACAACAAGCCAAAUGAGCUAGAUGUUUCUCAAGAAACUGAACUGAACUUGAAUGAAGAUCAUGCUUCUGUCCGUGAUGAACAAGAAAGCCAAUCAUCUGGGGAUGUUGACCAUGCCAAGAACAGAAAUGUUCACCAUGACAUGGUUGAAAUCACAUUGGGAGAUGGAGAAAGUCAGUUGGAAAUGGAAUCAAAUUUGUCUGAAUAUGGAGCAACUACUCAUGUUGAACUCGAUGCAUAUGAAAUUCAUCCCAGAACAGAGCCAGUUGAGGAGGGUUAUAGCAGUAGAUCAAGUUUGUCAUCAUUAUCAGAAAUAGAUGAAAAGAUAUCUGAUGUCAAAGGAGAAGGAUCUGCAGGUUUUGAACCCAGAGAUCAUGAAAUUAAAGAAUCUGGCAUUUCUACACAACCUUCGUUUGAGGAAUCAGAGUUGCAUUUUACAAGUAGGGUGGUGGAUGAUAAUCAACGUAGAGAGCCUGUUUAUGAUUCAAGUCCUCCAUCUAUUGAGAACUUCCUCUCAUUUUCAUCUGUUAAUGGAAAUGAACCAAGGGCAAGGGAUCUGCCAGAGAAUGGUGAGCAUGGUGUUACAUAUGCUGGUUCAUCAGGGGUUUCUUCCACUUCUGCUGUUCAUAUUGUAUCGAUGGUGCCUGAAUCUGUGGCUGAGUAUGUUUCAACGAAUGCAGGGUCAUCAUCUUUGUAUGAGGGAUUGAAGGAGGAUGUGCCAAAUAAGGAAGAAAGCUUUACCCCGAAUCAAGUGGACUUAUCAAGCCUUGGUGCAGAGACGACUGUUGCAGUUGACCAAGAAAUUGGUGAGGUGUUGGAUUCUUCACCAGAGGAACAACAGCAUCCAAUCCACCACAACAAAUCUUCAGAGGCUGAACCUGUAGAUAGGUGUGCGGUUGACAAGAAAGACACUCAGCUUGAGCAAGAUGAAAUUCAUUUGUCAAGUUCACCAGAGGAUAACUUAAUAGAGGGCAGUGUUAUGCCUAAUGGAGAAAUCAUCCAGACUGAAUGUGAUCAAAUGCAUUCGCCAAACUCUGAUGCAAGUCUUGAUGUUGAUGGCCACCACGAUAAGGAUGAGGAGUUGUCUUCCAUAGCUUUGACUUACCGGAAUAUGCCUUCCAAUGAUAUAAGUCCAUCCACAGCAGAGGAACCAGGUCAUGUAGUUAUGGCUCAAGUUUCAGAAACUCAAUCUUCAGAGGCUAACCUCAGAGAGGAGCAUAAAAAGGAAUCUGAAAUGGAUCAAGUCCAAUCACCAUGUUCUGAUUCAAAUAUUUAUACUGGUCUCGACCGUGGUAUCAAUGUGGAGGAAAUUCCUUCAGACUCUAGUUAUCUAGAUGUGCCUUCUAGAGAAAACCCUUCACCAGAAUCAGAGAAACAGUUGUUGUGGUCUGAUAAACCUACAGAUGAACCACCUAUUGAUGAACAUGAUAAACUUGGGGUAAGUUAUGAACCAUCUUUAGUUGAAAGUGAGUCUAGAGGGGUACUAAACAUUGUCAACGAUGAUGCAAAUAUACACGAAGUUCAUGAUUCUGAGGACAAACUCUCAACAAAUUUAUCUUCCAUGACUUUGGAGUCCGCUUCUUCUCCUUUUGAGAGUACCAAACAUACGUUACCAACAGAUCGAGAAGAUCUGAAAGACAAGAUCCUGAACAAAAUUGAAAGUGAGGGCCCCAAAGAAGUAUCAGAACACUUUAGUUAUGCAGAAGUAUAUGCCACUCAUGUUAACGAGGAAAAUAUCAGUGAAGAGGAAGAUGAGAUUAAAGAGAUUGAUGAAGGAAUACUCUCUGAGCUGGAUACUGUUGGGGACUUUAAUGUCAAGGAAAUUGGUUUAUCAGAAGAAUCUCAUGUUGCCUAUACUGAGUCUGCACUGUUACCAGAAUAUAUAAAGACCAAGACCACUGUGGAGCUGCCUGUUCUUGAAGCAAGAUCAGUGGAAGAUAUUGAUUUGGCUAUUAAGCAACUUGAUGAAGGAGUAGAUGUUGAGGAAGUAAUUCUUCCAAGUAUGAUUGUGAAUCAGCAGGCUCAUGCAGAUGCAAAUUCAAAAUUACCAGUUGUUGACGCAAGAUCUCUGGAGGAUAUACAUAAUGCUUUCCAACAAGGCCCAGAAUCUGAUCCAUCUGAGCUGCCACAUUCUUCAGACUUAAGGAAUGGAUCAUCUGAAGCAGAGCGCCUUGAAGCAAUAUCAGUAGAAGAUGUUGAUUUGGCUUAUAAGCAACUUGGUGCAGUAGAUGUGGAGGAAGUAAUUCUUCCAGGUAUGAUUGAGAAUCAGCAGGAUCAUGCUGACACCAAUUCAAAACUACCUGUUGUCGAGGCAGGAUCUCUGGAGGACAUCCAUAAUGCUUUCCAACAAGGCCCAGAAUCUAAUCCAGCUGAGCUGCCACAAUCCACAGACUUAAUCAAUGGAUCAUCAGAAGUAGAGCAGCAUGAUGUGGUUUCUACUAAAGAGGUUGUCUCUGGUAUUCAAGAAAAUAGUGAGAAUGCAGCUGGUGAACAAAAAAAUGAAAACGAAGAAACAGAAGACAGAAAGACGGAGGCAAAUGUGGAGCUUCCUGUUCUUGAAGCAAGAUCAGUAGAAGAUAUUGAGUUGGCUUUUAAGCAACUUGAUGAAGGUGUGGAUUUUGAGGAAGUAAUUCUUCCAAGUAUAAUUCAGAAUCAGCAGGAUCAUGCAGAUACCAAUUCGAAAUUACCUGUUGUUGAGGCAAGAUCUCUAGAGGAUAUCCAUAAUGCUUUCCAACGAGGCCCAGAAUCUAAUCCAGCUCAGCUGCCACAUUCCUCAGGCUUAAGGAAUGGAUCAUCAGAAGUAGAGCGGCAUGAUGCGGUUCCUCCUAAAGAGUUUGAAGUUAGUGAUGUAGUCUCUGGUAUUCAAGAAAAUAGUGAGAAUGCUGCUGGUGGACCAGAAAAUGAAUAUGAAGAAGCAUCUGAAAAAUCAAAGUAUCAAACCUUAAAAGUAUGACUCAAAUUCUAGUUCCAGCUCCAGCUCCAGUAAUUCUGAAUGAAAGCUACAAACUAUAGUUCAGAAAGAAAGAAAAGUAGAGAUUUUGGCGGUUUCAGUUUCCUUCUAAUAACGGUUGUUCUCUCCUCCCUCUUUUUAGUUUGGUUACCAUCAUGUUUUUGAUUAAUGGUAGUCAUGUUCUUUUGAGUUUUUGAUUGAUUUCUUCAAGAAUGAGUUAUGGUUUGAUUUCUUUUUUUCUUCUUUGGUUCUUUUCUGCCUUUCAAGUGAGGCAGGUUGAUGUUAACGGUUGAUUUUGAUCCU